GUCUCUAUGGUUACAGGCCGGGUUCCCCAGGCCGCAGGAUGUCGACGGCGUCCAAGGUGGUUCUCGGCAUUUCCGUUGUACUGACAGUGGGGACCGUGGCCGGGGUCCAUCUAAGGCAGCAGCUGGACAAGGAGAGGUUGCGAGAAGGAGUUUUCAGAGAUCUUGAACGACAAGAGCGCAAAAGAGAGAAUCUUCGAAUUCUGGAGGAGCAGAUUAGUCUGACAAAGAAACUGGAAGCAGAUCGACUACAGAGAAGCACCUUGGCCCCAGGGAGCUCUCAACAAUCUGCAAAACAGUAGCCUCAUUUUUUUGAACAUGCAAUGAUGGCUUUGGAUGUUUAACAGAUGAUGGAUUUUUUCACCCUCCGUAAUUGUGGAAAAAGGCUUGAUAGAAUUAUUUAACUUAAGAUGAAUAAAGCUGCUGUUUGGAUAA